CACCACCACCACUACCACCAAAUCGCUGACUCUCUCGGAAGCCACAGGUGGUAAGGUGUUCCUUUCACUUUCAUCCGGCCUAAUCAUAUUCAUCCCUUUCUCCGUAACUGCCGCCACCAACCAUCACCAACCACCACCAACUUAGGGUUUCCUCCUCAAUAUUACAAUUUACAACCAAAUGCGUAAUCCUCCUCCAACGUCUCCACCACCACCGCCACCACCGGCUUUCAACAUGGACUUCAUCGACGAGUCGUCGACUUCGAUUUGGGACUGGAAUCAGUUACUCGAUUUCAACAUUGAUGAUCAUUUGCCCUUACCCACAGACCAUUCCCCGCUGAUUCCAAUAUCUCCGGAACUCCAUCCGAUCGACAAUUCCCAUGUGGAACCGGUACCCGAUUCUAAUACUAAUGAUAGGGUUAGGAAACGGGAUCCGAGGAUGGCAUGCUCCAAUUUUCUGGCGGGUCGGAUCCCAUGCGCUUGUCCCGAGCUUGACGCGCAGCUGUUGGCGGAGGAAGAAGAGACUGCUCCUGGAAAGAAACGGUCUAGGACGAUUACGGCGAGAACGGUGGCAAGUUCUAGGUGUCAGGUUCCUGGGUGUGAGGUGGAUAUCAGUGAGCUUAAAGGGUAUCACAAACGGCACAGGGUUUGUCUCCGGUGUGCUAAUGCUACUACUGUGGUGCUUGAUGGCCACAAUAAAAGAUACUGCCAGCAGUGUGGCAAGUUUCAUGUCCUGUUAGAUUUUGAUGAAGGUAAACGUAGUUGCCGCAGAAAGUUAGAACGUCAUAAUAAUCGGCGUCGAAGAAAACCCUCAGACUCCAAGGCAUCUGGACUUCAAUCAGCAGAUUAUGAUGAUGGUUAUGAUGAAGCUGGAAAAGGUGCAAAAUGCACGAGUAGUGAAGCAGCAGGAGAGAAAUUGUUUUUAGCAGCUGAAGGGCAUAAUACCAUACCGAGCUCCACUCAAGCCCAAAAUAUUUACAGCGACAGCAUUCCAUCUUUAGCUGCAUCUGGUGAAACUCAAACGGAUGAAGAAAAAGAAAAAGGUGUUCCUUCUCCAUCCUAUUGUGACGAUAGGAGUGCUUUCUCCUCUGUGUGCCCAACUGGUCGGAUCUCAUUUAAGCUUUACGAUUGGAAUCCAGCGGAGUUCCCUCGUAGACUCCGACAUCAGAUAUUUCAGUGGUUGGCCAGCAUGCCCGUGGAGUUGGAAGGAUAUAUUCGUCCCGGAUGCGUAAUCUUAACUCUUUUCAUUGCAAUGCCAAGAUUUAUGUGGGUGAAGUUAAGUGAAGAUCCGGUUGCAUGUAUACUUGACCUCCUUGCUUCACCAAGCAACUUGCUUUCUGGACGAGACACAUUUUUUGUUAACCUAAAUGGCAAUAUCUUCAGUGUCAUGAAAGGUGGAAGGUCCGUGAUAAAAAUUAAGGCAGGGGAAAGAUCCCCAAAGCUUCAUUGCGUGCAGCCUACAUGCUUUGAAGCAGGCAAACCCAUAGAAUUUUUGGCAUGUGGAAGUAAUUUGCUUCAGCCCAGACUUAGGUUUUUAGUAUCAUUUGCUGGCAAGUAUAUGACAAAUGAUGUGCAUGUUUCACCAUCGUGCAACAAAAAUGAGGCCUCUACAACAAAUUUUGAUCAUCAGUUACUGAAUAUACGCGUUCCUGGUACUGAAUUGGAUGUUUUCGGCCCUGGGUUUAUUGAGGUCGAGAAUGAAUCUGGUCUCUCCAAUUUCAUUCCAAUUCUCAUUGCGGACGAAGAAGUAUGUACCGAGAUCAAAAUUAUGCAGAUGAAAUAUUAUUCAAUUCUCCAUUCAAGAGAUUCGGAGUCUACAGCUACAACAGUUUCUUGUGAGGUUGCUGUUUUUAGACAGAAUGAGUUCUCUGAAUUGCUCCUAGACAUGGCAUGGUUACUCAAGCAGCCGGUUGUGGAAGAAAUGGAAUAUGCUAUGAUGUCAUUGCAGCUGCAAAGAUUCAGAUGUGUACUUAACUUUCUAAUUGAAUACGAGUCCACCACAGUUUUGAAGAGAGUAUUGCACUGUGUGAAGACAAGAAUUAUUAAAAGUGAUGACAUUAUUGAAGCUGAUUGGACACUGCUUCAGGGCACCGUGAAUCAUGCCACAGAAGUCCUUUGUCAGCGACUAGAGAAAAAACUUAAUCUGGGUUUGCAUCCAAGAGAUUUUUCGUCAGAAGAGAAUGAUGAAAGCUGUAGAUAUCAGGUGCUUCCUUCCACUCCAACCAUUAAUCAGGAUAUGGAAGUAGUAGCAGACAACACACCUAUUCCAACAUUGGGACAGAAAAGUGAAAAUGUUCCACUGUUGCAGGCUGAUUGCAUCAUGAGUGUGACGCCCUGCAAGGAACAAUCAGAGAAACGGUCAAAUCACAUGUUUACUUACAACACCAAUAGAUUAUUUUCAUCCCACCCUCUCAUACUUGCCGUUGCUUUGGUUACUCUAUGUUUUGGUAUUUGUGCAGUUGUUCUCCAUCCUCAGAAGUCUACUGCAAUUGCAAUAACUAUUCGCAGGUGUUUAUUUGAUUAAAUUUUGAACCCAUUGAAGGUUAGUUUGUAAAUUGACUGUUGUAUGUUAAAUUAACCAUAGAAUCGAGUUAGUGGAAUAUAUUUUUGCUUGUCUUAUUC